AUGGCAGCAUGCAACGAAACCCCGCCCCGCACAGAGGACGGUAGUAGAAGCCCCUUGGAAGACGGGCCUCUGCCGCCGAUCAAGUCAACUGCCUGUCGGAGAUGCCAUUCACGAAAGGUCAAAUGCUCUGGCGACCAGCCCUGCGGAAACUGUCGGCAUGCUGGGAAAGGUGCCGAGUGCACAUACCCGCGCCGCAACAGACAGGUCAAGGUCAGGCAGAGCUACAUCGACGGGCUUCUGGACGAGAUCCGGCGGCUCAAGAGCCAAUGCGCCCAGCAUGCCUCGAACUCUCCAUGUACGCAAGGAGACGCCAUCGUCAGCGCCCAGAACAGCCACACAGGCAACAACAGGGCGACGACACCAUCCCCGGGCCGAGGGAGCGAUGACGGAGAGGAAGCCGCGAGUGCGACUCUCGAAGUGCGGCCGUGGUUCAUCAACGCAAACGUCUUUCGCACACCCAUCCUGAUCGGGGAGGUCGCAGAUGCCGCCUUCUCGACCCGUUUCCGCCAGGUCAUCUCCGACCCCUUCGCCCCGCAGCCCAAGCACAUGCUCCGGGUCAACUAUGCCCCGGACACGGAGCUCAUGUCGCUUGUGAAGUCGGACGUCGCCUGGCCGACCCCGUCAAGGUCCCGGUUCCUGGUCGAAGUCGCGCUCAAAUAUGUCAGUCGCCGUUAUCAUGUCGUUCGCCGAAGCCUGAUCAUGGAAAACCUGGAGCAGAGCAUACACAACCCCUCAUGGGGUGACCUCAUGCUUAGGUCCAAGCUAUGGGCUCUGUUCGCCAUAGGAGAGCUCUAUUCGACGAGAUCCAUUCCCUCUGAGAAGGACUUCCCCGGUAUGGCGUACUUCGCCAAGGCCUCCAGGAUUCUCGGUGUACUCGAUGAGCGUCCCGGGACAGACUCUAUCGAGAUUAUGCUCUUGCUUUCGUUCUAUUCUCUGGCUCUCAAUCGGCGGUACAGUGCCUUCGUCAUGUCCGGCACGGCCAUGCGCAUGGCCAUUGUCAUGGGAUUGCAUCUCAACAUUCCAGAGUCCCAGCUUCGUGACCCGGACCUACGUGAGCAUCGUAAGCGGCUAUUCUGGACGACAUACAUCUUCGACCGGAUAUGGGCAUCCAAGUUGGGGCACCCGACCGCCAUUCAAGACAGCGACAUCGGCAUAGACCUGCCAACGGAUCCCAUUUUGGGCCAAAGUUGCGGUGAUGAUUUUGAAGACACGGCGUAUCACAUCGCCAGUCUUCGCCUGGCAGCCCUCGUCACUAAGACUGUUCGCUCGAUAUACGGGCAACGCAACCAAGGGGGAGCUACUCUGUCAACCAGGGUGCAACAAGCCCUCAAAGAUCUUCGGGCUUGGGCGGAAGAUUUGCCGGGUCAUCUCCAAGUCCACAACACGGGCACUGGGCCGAAACCCAUCUCUCUCCAUCUGUCCUUCAACCAGUGUGCCAUUCUAGCAACUCGUCCGAUCUUGCUGCAUAUCCUCCGAACGCAGGUGGCCGCAUGGCCGGAAGCAACACCGGCCACAGAAGCCCAGGUUCCGGCAAGCGCCGUCACUCUGUCGGAAGCAUGCAUCCGCUGCGCGCGGCACUCGGUGCGUCUGCUCACAGACUCCUGGAUCGACGGGUCUUUCGCGACAUUCGACUACUUCUACACGCAAUACCUCUUUUCCGCGCUGACCAUCCUCGCCGCCUCGAGCCUGCUGGACGGCCCGGAGAGCCGCAGCGACCGGGAGGCGUUUGAGGAGUCGGCCAAGUUCCUCUCCCAGCUCAGGGACGCCGGUAACUUCGCCGCGCAAGAGUACUGCCACCACGUGGACGUGAUGCGGGCCGAGAUCGAGAGGUUCUACGCGAAGCGGAUGGGCUUGCCCGAGGCGUCGCGAGCGCCCGGCCUGGUGACCGGUAUCGAGGCCGCCCCUGUAUCGCUGCAGUCUGGCCAGGCGCUUCACGCGCGCACGACGGCGGGCAUGGCGCUGACGGAACCGUCGUUGGAGGAGCUGUUGGCACAGCCGGUCUUGGAUCUACAGUUCUUGGAGGCAUCCUUUUACGACGAUUUGCAGGGGCUUUACUGGCCUGAUUUUAGCACGGAGGACUGGGAUUCCUGGCCAUCGGCUCGAGCUGACGACACCCAGCAUCACGGACCCGGCUCGAUUUUGUGA